GAACCUUCGUAUCAACAAGACCUACAUUAUCAGGUUAUUCUCGCUACCUUUUCUCCAACCUUCCUUAAUGCAACAAUACUUGAUAUAAUAAACAGCUGAAGAGCCACCACUGAGCUUCGGACAUGCUGAUUGGUUAUGAAUUCUCACACCAAAACCUUCAUGAUUCCCAUAAUCCACAUAGAAAUUAUAUGCAUCAUCUGGUGUUGAUAGACCGUCAUUUACACAUGUUUUUACCCCCAUUCUUACACCGUUUGAGGUGUUGAUUCUCGUGUUUUAGGCCGAUUUCAUGGUAGGUUGUGCUUGUUUGUGAUAUUUCAGGUCCUAGGACGUGAAUGAAGGCUUAGGAGCGAGUCUGGGGUCAAUUGGACGAGGAUCGGACGCAUGGCGAGGUUCUGAGGAAGUCGCACGGGCACACCCACAACCCGCACGGCCGUGCAAGUGACCAGUUUGGCCGUGCGGGAUCGUGCGUGGGCACGCACGGGAUUGUGCGUGGCCACGCACGGCCGUGCAAGUGACCAGUUUGGCCGUGCGGGAUUGUGCGUGGGCACGCACGGGCACAAGUGAAAUCCGCACGGCCGUGCAACAUACAAUUCUGGCCGUGCGAGUUGGCUGAGGUUCAACUAAUUGAUACGCCGCGUUUUGAGGUGCACGGCCAGAAUGGUGAUGUGCACGGCCGUGCACCCUGGCCGUGCGAGUCGGGAAUGGCUGUUUUUAACCCAAAUUCGAGCCAAAGGAGAGGGAGAGCUGGGUUUUGGAUCCCAAACACCCAAGGGACGAACCCUAGAGAGAGAGAGCGGCUUGGAAACAUUCUUGGAGCUAUUUUGGAGGAUUUCUUCGCCAUUGGAGCUCGGGAAUCAAGCUUGGAGAUGGAUCUUGAAGAUCUAGAUCAGAUUUCUGCAGUCUCUCUCUUCUCUAUGGAGUAACUUCCCUUCACUUAGGUUUUGAGGAACCUUAGUUCCAUGAGUUAGGAUCUUUCUUGUAUGAAGUUUUGGAAGCUAUAUUGUUUGAUUAUAAUCGAAUGAUGCAUGUUUAUUGAGUCAAUUGAAGUCUGAUCAACUUUUCCUGAUUCCUGCUGCAAUCUGAGAUAGAUAGAAUCUGAUUAGGUUGCUAGAGUCUCAUCAUUCGGUAGUAGGAGAUUGGCUAUACGAGAGUUAGCCAGUUUACUGCUUUGUACUGGAAUCCAAUUCCAGUAGUGGAGUUCUGUGCUUAUUGCUUCAGCUUUCUAUCCCGGUGAAGACUAGUCGUCUGCGGAUAGUUAGACUGAGAGGGCUUGGUCAGCUUAAGAGAUUCCAAGCUACUGUCGGAUCUUCCGCAGUUUAAUCAACAGUAAAUCAACCAAAAUGAAUUACAACUUGGACCUAAUUGAGGAGCUAUGGGGAAUCAUACCUAAGUGAGUUCCCAAACUGUAAUUAGUAGUUUUACUUAGUUUAGUUAGUAGAGUAGUUUAGUUAAUCAAUCCUUAAUCUAGUUUGCUAGAUAAUGAACUGAAGCUGAGUAAUAGUAACUCUAGAGACCCGUGGAUUCGAUAUUUAUUACUUGUGCCACUAUACUGCAGUCCCUUUCAUUGGUUACACUUGGCCAUUGUUAGGUGUUGUGUUAUAGAGCAUCAAGUUUUUGGCGCCGUUGCCGGGGACUUUCUAGAUUAUUAGGAAAGGCAGAAGUUUGUUACUUUAGCUUUUUUUUCUUUGCUUUUCCACCCUUUCUUUUCACUUGGGUGUUUUUUGUUUUUGUUGGUGCAGAUCUGAAUCAUGGAUCCUCAUGGCUUCUCCAACCAUUGGGGGUAUCCACCACCAUCCGAGUGGUAUUACCCCGAGACCCCCUGGAGCAAUCAAGGAGGAGAAGACUAUGGAUUCGGGUUUCAGUACCAACCCCCAUCCUACGAAGAACAAUCAGACCCCUGGGUAUUUCAAGAACAAUCUCCUUAUCAAGAAGAAUUCCUCCAUCAGCCAGAUCCAAACUAUCACUUGAGGCUUCUCGUGGACCAGAUUGCUCGAGUACCUGAGACAUCCUUUCCAAAGAUGGAUAUCCCAGACAAUGCCCAAACUGGGUUCUCCUACCGUGAAACAGAGGAGACCCUCCUGAGCAUAAAGAAGAGCCUCGAGGAUCUUGAGAAAGCUUAUGCACAACCUGCUCAAGAUCACCCUUCUGCUAUCAUACUAGAAGAGGAGGAGGAAGACGAAGGCUACAAGGAUAUUGUGGAGCAGACAGAAGUUUUCACGAAAAGCUCUCGUGAUGAUCAUGAUCAGGAAUUUCCUGCCGUAGCCGACCACACCUUCCCACAUCCCAAACUGAGCUUUGAAGAGGCGGGCAUGAGUGAGGAGAUGCAAGAAAAUCUCAUGAAAGAAAUUGCUUGGCAACUUGCUCUCCAAUCCGUGCUAGAAGAAGAAGAGCGAGAAAGGGUGCAGAAAGAAGUUGUGGAGGAUGAAGAAAGUGAAGCAGGAGGAGUUCUUGAUCUUUUCCCAGGGGUGAUACCACAUGAAGAAGAAAGGGAGGUUGAAGAAGCAAUUGGCGUCCAGGCUGAGGACGGAGUUAAGGUGGAAGAGGCCUGCACCGGCCAUGAGUUACAUGUGAUAUCUCCACCAAACUUCGAGGAGCUGCUUGGCAAGGACCCAUUUGCAGUGUCUCUUUGCCAGACCAAGGCCACAUCGACAUCGGUCCCUCUUGGUGGACGCGAUGGUGGCCAAUCGAUGCUGUCAUAUCUGGUUUGGGGCAAUGAGACGAGAGAAGAGAAGAAGAGGUCUCUAGGGUGGAGACUUCAUCUGCAUCAAGUACAUGAGCCUUCCUCACCUGCCACACCACAUGCUCGUGACUUGAGACUCCACCUCAUCGACGAGAACCUCAACUUCAAGGAGGUUCUAGCAUGGACCGAAACUUAGGAGCCAUCGUCCGGCUCACGACGUGAAAGAAGCGCUUGUUGGGAGGCAACCCAACCUGUCGGUUUGCAUUUCUUUCUCUAUUUAUCCUCGGUUGAGUCAGUUUUGUUAUUUGAUUUUAGAGUCAAUAACUCAACCUUUGUGAGAUUUUGUGUGGUGUUUGUGUUCUGAUUACUCUCUCUUUCUGGGAUGCACCGCCUGACCCGUUCAUCAUCAUUCACCCUUGAUCUGGUAACUUCGUUCUACCCUCCUUAUCUUUCCUCCAUUGAGGACAAUGUCUUGCUUAAGUGUGGGGGGGUGUUCGAUUAUUUAUGCGGGUGAAUGUUUGGUUGUUUGUGUGCUUGGAGCCUAGUCCACUGUCCAAAUUUUGAAAUUUGAGGGCUCCAAGUACGUGUUCCUUGCAAUUGCCUGCUCAGUAUGCUUUGAAUUGACAGUCUUUAUAGUAAUAUGCAACCUAGGGAGGUAGUGUAGCACUAUGGAGGAUGUUGAUGCAUUUAAGAAGUCUCAUUGCUUCUUCAUAUUGUGUUGGUUGAUUGAGUGAAUUAGUGAUCUUAGGGCCCUUGAAUUGUGUGGUGUUGUGGAUUCUCUACCUGUCAUGGACUCUUGUAUCAUGUUUUGAGUUUAACAGGUGCUCGAAAAUAUGCUUCAAAAUAACGUCUCCCGUGCGAAUAGGGCGAAAGUGUGUAAGGGGAGACGGGAAUUCGUUCCCAAUUUCCACCUACUACCUCCAGCCCCCUUACAUGUCUUUUCCCCGCACGAGGCUCGAGACAUCCGCUCCUGGCAUGGCCGGUAAGAGCAGGUUGGGACCCUUGAAAAAAAAAAAAUAACAGAAAACAUGCAAAACAGAAAAGAAAAGGGGUUCCAACCAUCUUCAAGAAGAAAAUAGAGCACCUUGAAAAAUGUGAGUCCAUGAUCUUUUGUUUUUGAGAAUCUCUUCAUCCACAAUUCAUUUGUCCUCUGUUCACUAUUUGCCAUGAUGCCGACUCGAUACUAGUGCUCUCGCCGAAGAAGCUAUGAGAUGACUUGUGUUUCGGUUGACCUCGUAAGUUGCUAAAUGAUCUAGGAAGUCCUCUACCUACGAUCUGGGGUGUUUGUUGCUAUAGAGGUCUGGAGAGUUGCAUUGGUUUGAGUUAGGUUUGCUUGGGGACAAGCAAACGGUUAAGUGUGGGGGAGUUUGAUAGACCGUCAUUUACACAUGUUUUUACCCCCAUUCUUACACCGUUUGAGGUGUUGAUUCUCGUGUUUUAGGCCGAUUUCACGGUAGGUUGUGCUUGUUUGUGAUAUUUCAGGUCCUAGGACGUGAAUGAAGGCUUAGGAGCGAGUCUGGGGUCGAUUGGACGAGGAUCGGACGCAUGGCGAGGUUCUGAGGAAAUCGCACGGGCACACCCACAACCCGCACGGCCGUGCAAGUGACCAGUUUGGCCGUGCGGGAUCGUGCGUGGGCACGCACGGGAUUGUGCGUGGCCACGCACGGCCGUGCAAGUGACCAGUUUGGCCGUGCGGGAUUGUGCGUGGGCACGCACGGGCACAAGUGAAAUCCGCACGGCCGUGCAACAUACAAUUCUGGCCGUGCGAGUUGGCUGAGGUUCAACUAAUUGAUACGCCGCGUUUUGAGGUGCACGGCCAGAAUGGUGAUGUGCACGGCCGUGCACCCUGGCCGUGCGAGUCGGGAAUGGCUGUUUUUAACCCAAAUUCGAGCCAAAGGAGAGGGAGAGCUGGGUUUUGGAUCCCAAACACCCAAGGGACGAACCCUAGAGAGAGAGAGCGGCUUGGAAACAUUCUUGGAGCUAUUUUGGAGGAUUUCUUCGCCAUUGGAGCUCGGGAAUCAAGCUUGGAGAUGGAG